AUGGCGCGCUCUCUUCCCUCCCCUCCCCUCCCGUCGAUUAGGGUUUCAUCUACCGUCCGUCGGUACAUCUCCUCAAUCUCUAUGCCCAUCAUCAAAGCAGGAGAUUCAAAACCGUCCUUCCGUCUCCAAAACCGUAGCAGGAGAACGAGUGGUUUGACUGAUACCGGACGAGAAGUUGUACCCGGUGGUCAAGACCAAGCCCGGCAGGAAGGAUCUCAGAUCGCGGCGGACCAUCUCAACAACGUGCGCGUGGAGCCGAUCGGGGGCCGCCGGCAGUUCCACGGCGCCAAGGAGGCUUAUCUGUCCGGCCACUUCGACGCGCACACCAUUGAGUGCGAGUGCGUCGUCCACUCCUUCAAGAACUACACCAAGCUGGAGAAUGUCGGCGCCGAGGACUACUUCUUCUGUCGCUUCGAUUACAAGGCGGCCAAUUGGGCCUUCACCCCUGACCGGUACUGCGAACAUGAGAUGCCUUAUAACCCCGGCGAUCUCAUGGUCCUGUACGAGGGAUGA